UACGGACACGGAUAUAAACACCCGAACAAACAGUUGACGCUUAUAGUGAACUCACUGCCAGACCUGACACGACUCGACAUAUCGGGCACUAAUCUGGCCGGUCCUCGCUGUGAAUAUAUUCCUGGAUUAGUUUCGCGAAGUGACAAACCCUUAGAAUACUUAGGACUUUAUAAUACGGCUAACGAAGCCGCCUAUCGGCGCACAAUACCCGCCCUUAAGGUGUCGGGCGACGCCACUGAGGAACAGAUACUGACGGGAUGUGAGGCUUACAUCGAUAGAGUGGAGUUCUUGAGGCGUACGCUCAACGACCUGUUCCACUGUUUCCGGUUUGAGACAAACUUCCAUAACGUGAACCGAGCCCUGGAUAUAGUAUUGGUAUCAAUGGCCCGACACCUGCACGAGAAGCAG